UUGGGCCACCGUACUUGUUGUGUUUGUGUUGAAGUCGAAGAUGGCGAACGAACUGGACAGAGUGCGAAUCUCAGCUGCGGAACUACGAGCUGAAGCUUCGAAAUCAGUCAAUAUUUCCAAUUGUCUGCAUGUAGAGCAAGAGGAAGUUCACGCACACAAGCAGAAUAAGAGGCGCGAAGCAAAACAUCCUGAUCUGCAGCGUUACCAACCCACAGCUGGACACAGACGGCGACAUCAGGAUGGUGAAGAAGGAGAAAGCAGCCAGAAUGAUCCCUUGACUGCUAAAUCACAACAGUCAGAUCAGUUUUUACAGAGUGAGAGAAGGAAUGUUUCUGAAGUUUUUUUAGAGGGACGAGGGGGCACCAGCAGUGGAUUGGGUACUAAAAAUAGCGACGAGGACCGAAUGAGAAGUGACGGCAGUAAUACCCACCACUGUAAAGAGGGCAACCAGUUGCUUGCUGCAACAAAUGUAAAUGAUAAAAAAGAACUUGGAGAGAAUGACAUGGAAGACCAGGAAAUAGUAGGAGCUUCUAAACCUACAAAGAAAAUCCGAAAACCUGACAGGGAAUUUUAUCAACCCGGGAGCCGCAGGAAUAUUUUGGGAAAGGAUAGUGGUGUUGCAAGAGAACUGGAUAGGCCAAACCCUAAGAAACAAGAGCAGAGUUCUGAGCCCGAAUCCCACCUGAGUUCAGGAGCAAGAGAUGAUAAUGAGAAAACACCCAUAUCCAAGCGGGGAGGGAAAAAUAAAGGGAAAACCUUUCAGGAGACGGUUACACCAUCUCAUCACAACGAGGAAGCCAGAGAGAAAGGAAGCAAGCAUGCGGAAAAGCCUCCUUUACCCGUUGGUACGUCUGUGGACAAAAUUGCAAACAAAGUUGAAAAACUCAUGAUAAAAGAAAAGGGUAAAGUGGAGUGUGCAAGUAAUGAUAUUGGUGAUUUGAAAUGGAAAACAGGAGAAAAAACUGCCAAAGAAAGAAGAGGUCAUGACGAAGACACCAAGGAUGAGGAAGAAAAGACUGAUAAGAAGAGAGAGAAGGGAACCCGCAGGAGACGGGGAGCAGAGAGAGAAAAGGAGAAGAAUCAGGAAACCAAAAAGGAGGAUGAAGUGCGUCACAGUGGAAAAAACAACCCAAGAAAGUCCGAGAAGGAGAGAGACAAAAGCGCUCCGGAUUCAGAUGGACGAAGAUCGGAAAGGGCAAAAGAGCUACAUCACAGCAAAAGAAAAGAAAAUCUAAGAGAAAACAGGAAAAUAAAUGAAAACAGCAGUUUCAGAGAUGGUGAAAAAGCGGCUAAAACUGAAAACAGUUUAGAAACGCCUGUUGGGCAGAGUGAUGAGCGCAGAUCUAAUGUAAACGUAACACCUUCCUCAAAACGAUAUUCCAAGUCAGAUGUUCGACACUCACGAAACCGAACCUACAGCAGUAGCUCAGCCAGCAGCGCGACCAGUCAGGAUGGGCCCAGACAGCUGAUGAGUGUGGAGAACAGCAAAUGGUCCCGUGUUGACCCUAGGCAGAAAAUCAGAGCAGGGAAUGAGAACAAUGACGAGAGACGGAGGCACCUGCAAAGCUGGACGAGUAAUAAAGAUUCGUCCUCAGAGUCAGCAGACAGGAGUGAGAUGUGUGCCCGAGGAGAAGAUAGGAGGCGAAGGAGGAGGAGGAGAGGUGGGGAGGAAGACUGCAGUACAGAAAAACAAGAAGAGAGGAGAACGCCAAAGUCCAACAGAGGUGGAGGUCGGGGACUUCUAAAGGUUUCUUUAGAAAAGCAGUCAAGUAUAGAUUCACAACAACACAAGCAAGGCCCGGUUUCUCGUGGCAGAGGGGGCGGUAUCCUGGUGCUUCCGUCUUGCACCGACAUCUCCAACUCCCCGGAGUCAGGACACAGGCUUCUUUUUGGUGGGAUGAGGGGAGGAGCAGCAUUCAGGAAUCGAGGAGGCCGAGGAGGAGGAUUGAGACGGCUUUGGGAUCCUAAUAACCCAGACCAGAAACCUGCUCUUUCUAGGACACCAGCCUCACCACAAUCAUCUUUCAAACAACCUGUUUAUCUCCAGUCUGGGUCCGCGUACGGACAGCUUCACUUUCUGGACACAGAUGAAGAGGUAGCAGGCAGUCCUCCAGUGGCACAAGGAGAACACGUUCAAUCCCAGCAGGCUGUGUCUUACUACAAGUUCCAAAAUUCUGACAAUCCCUAUUGCUGCCCCGUGCCCAACAGUAGCCCACAUAAUCCCAGCAGCCAGCGCUAUCCUUAUCCUUAUAACAUGGGGCCGUAUCACUCUAACGGUAUGUUCCCAAGUCCUGGUCCGUUCUGUGGGGCGGGUUAUUCUCAGACAGGGGGUUUGACGUUUGAAGAGGCAGAACAACAAACCAGAGGAGAGCUGGGGAGGCUGCUGAAGGCUGCUGAUGCACACGAGCUGCAGCUCAGUAAUCUGCUCUCCAGGGAUAGAGUGAGCACUGAUCGGAUGGCCCAGCUCAGAGCGGACCUUUUGGGACUGUAUGAGCGUAUCAUCCUGACAGACAUCGAGUUUUCCGACUCCCAGAACGUGGAUCCAGCUUUGUGGAAAAAUGUGUUUUACCAGGUCAUCGAGCACUUCCGGCAGCUCCUGAAAGAUCCUGCCUGUGAGAACACACCUGAUGUACGGAACAUGCUCCUCACGCUUUUAGAUGAGGGAGCGCUGUUCUUUGAUUCGCUGCUCCAGAAGCUGCAGACAGUGUACCAGUUUACCUUGGAGGACUACAUGGAUGGUAUAGCCAUCAGAGCUCGCCCGUUACGCAAAACGGUGAAAUAUGCACUUAUAAGUGCUCAGCGCUGUAUGAUUUGUCAGGGAGACAUCGCACGGUAUCGGGAGCAAGCCACUAACUCUGCCAACUAUGGCAAGGCUCGCAGCUGGUACCUAAAAGCCCAGCAGAUCGCCCCUAAAAAUGGACGCCCUUAUAACCAGUUGGCUCUGUUGGCAGUUUAUACUAAGCGGAAGUUGGAUGCUGUAUAUUAUUAUAUGCGAAGCUUGGCAGCAUCUAACCCCAUUCUGACUGCAAAGGAGAGCUUGAUGAGUCUCUUUGAGGAAGCCAAGCGUAAGGCAGAACAGCUGGAGCGAAGACAGAGGCAGGAGCUUGAAGGAGGUUCCCAGGGUCCAGAAGUGAGGAGUAGAAGAAAAGGGAACGAUGGAGCACGCGUGGAGAUUUGGAUUCGUCCCAGUGGACGCCCAACGGUGACCCCCUCCUCACAGAGAGGAGGCAGUGAGUGCAGCCGAGAUUCGGAGCAGGAUGGAGAGCUGGGCAGUCUGAGUGCUACUGAUCUAAAUAAGAGAUUCAUUCUGAGUUUCUUGCACGCACAUGGAAAGCUCUUCACUAAAGUGGGUAUGGAAUCUUUCUCUGGAGUGGCGAGCCAUGUUCUACAGGAGUUUAAAUCCCUUCUCCAGCAUGGCCCUUCACUCCUGGGAUGUACAAACUUGUUGCAGAUUAUCACCAUCAACAUGUUUGCCAUACACAACGCCCACAGGAGAGGUGAAGAAGCAGAUGUCCGAUCUGUUUUACUGGAGCAAAGCACCGCGCUUGGCCUCGGUAUGUUUGCUGUGCUGGUGCAGCGCUGCACUGACCUGCUCAAAGAAACUCCUGCAGAACCAGUUUCUAUGACAGAUGGAGAGGAGGAGGGUAAAACAGAAGAGCUGGAGGGGAUGGUCAGAAUUUCGGCCUUCCCACAGGACCUGAGAGAAAUUUUGCCAAGUGUCAAAGUCUGGUCUGACUGGAUGUUGGGACAUCCUGACGAGUGGAACCCCCCACCGUGCGGUUUGGAAUGCAGCCCUGAUGUGUGGAAGUGCCUUGCUGACCUCUGUAAUGUUCUGGCACAUGUGGACCAUGAGGAAGUGCCUCUGUACAAAGUUGAUAGUGAAGAAAGCGAGGGAGAUGAGGAACUAGCAUUGCUUCAGCUGAAGGAGGACAAGCUGCUAGCUGGUUUCAUCCCGCUGUUGGCUGCACCACAGGAGCCUUGUUACACAGACAGACAGACUGACAUGGCAAUAGCAGCAGAUUGUAAGAGAGUGACGGUUCUGAAGUACUUUCUGGAGGCUUUGUGUGGACAAGAAGAGCCUUUGUUGGCCUUCAAGGGAGGGAAGUACAUCUCCGUGGCAACUUCUCACCCAUCAGUGGAAACAAGGAGUUGGAAGGAUUCCCUAACAGAAAAGGAGGUUGAUGAUGUCAUACUCGAAGGGGAGUUAUCUCUCUCUCCAUCAGAAGGAGAGGAGGACUUUGAGGCUGGAGACAGCGAGAAUGACAUCAGAGAGCUGAAGGCUCGACGCCACGCCCUCGCUAACGAACUGGCCCAGCAGCAAAAGCGCAGGGACAAAAUCCAGGCUGUGCUACAAACUGGUGGACAGUUGGAGCUGGAAGUGAGGCCCUUCUUUUUGGUGCCUGAUACGAAUGGAUUCAUUGACCACCUGGAAGACCUGAAGAAGCUCCUUCAGUGUGGAUCAUACAUAAUAGUUGUUCCUCUCAUUGUGAUUACAGAGUUAGAUGGCUUGGCUAAAGGCCAGGACACUUUUGGUGUAGGAGUGGGGUCGGGAGGUCGCGGCACGUCCAGUCGUGGCAACUUUAACGUUAGCGCUCCCCACAUCCGGGCUGUCCAGGAAAAGGCUCGAUUAGCUGUGGCUUUCUUAGAAAAAGGAUUUGAGGCCAGGGAACCGUGCCUAAGAGCCCUGACGAGUCGAGGAAAUCAACUGGAGUCCAUAGCCUUUCGCAGUGAAGACACAUCUGGACAGCAGGGUAACAAUGAUGAUGUGAUUUUAUCCUGCUGCCUCCACUACUGCAACGACAAAGCUAAAGAGUUCACACCUUCUCAGAGAAACGGGACAGUGAAGCUCCAGAGGGAAGUAGUGCUCCUCACAGAUGACCGCAACCUGCGUGUCAAAGCCCUGACCCGCAACGUCCCAGUGCGAGACAUCCCCUCCUUCCUCAUCUGGUCUAAAGUGGGCUGAGGCAGACUAAACUGGAAAAAAAAAGGAACCCAAACGCCGAAGCUGGCUUGUCACUCAAAAGAAAAGACACACUUAAGCAAAGGAAAAGGGAGUAACAAGGACAGAGAGAGGGGAAAUGAUUCAUAUCAGGAAGGCAAAGAAACACUUCUUAAGAAAUACAAGCAAAUGAAGUGCAGGGUGAUGGUAAUGAGCUUUUUCCUCCUCUUAAGGAAGUGUGUGUGCGUAUAUGUACGUGUUAAGAUCAUCCAGUUUCCCAGUAAGACUUUUACAAAGUCUCAUGGAGGUAGGAAGAGGAAAGGAUGUAAAAGGAAGAUUUGCAGGUUGCUGUUGUGCAGGAUCAAACCCCUGCAGCGACUGAGUGAGCAGGAUUAAUAUCUGGAGCAGAUGAUAGAAUGGAAGCAUAGGGAGAAGGUCUAUAAUCAUUUAUGUGAUUAAGACAGCAGUUGUGAAGGAGAUAAACGGGGCUUCCUCUUCUCUGAAGGCCUAGGCUUGAACUGCGUGGCCUCAGAGCUGAGACGACAUCGGGUGCAGAGGUCUAGCUGGAAGAUCUGUCAGGAGAGUUUUAAAAGACCGAUCGUUACGAGGAUUAGUUAAGAGCCCUCGUGCAAACGUGGCACCCAGGAGGAAUCCUGUGAAGGUACGGUGUUCCCGUCUCACGUAGGGAAUGUCUGUUUGGCAGCUUUUGUUUCUUCAUCUAGCUUGAUGCUAAUAUGAAGCUCUUCUUGAGAAUUUUUUAAUUGGCAAAAAACAAAUUCAAUAUUUUGUUUUUAUUUCUUCCUGGGUCCACAUCUCCCUUUGUAUUUGCUCUUCAUCUGCAGAAGUUAUACCGAAGAUUUUUUUCGAUUAUUCUUUCAUUUGGGCUCUAAUGGAUAUGUAAAUACGGAAUUUGCUUAUUUCUUUGAGAAAAGGAUGGAUGCAUUUUUUAGGUUGUGCUAGUGAAGUCCAUGGUCAUUUGUUCUGACGGUUUUGGCCUCAAUGUCAGGAGAUGACUUUGCAGAAUAUUUUAUCAAGAAUCAUUAUUUCAGUAUAUUUUUAUUCUUUUUACCUAAUGAUUUAUAUCUUUGUGCUUCUUAGUUUGUAACACAAGAGUUCACCUCUUCAUCAGCACCAGUUUUAUCCUUUAAACUAUGAUUUUUGUGUUUUUCCUCACAUACAUUAUUUUGUCAAAGAAAGAAAUCCACACUUGUUAGAUUGUUGUUGUUCUUGGCUUUUAUAGUUUUCUUUGUGCAUUCUGAGAUACUUUAUUGUUCUCAAUGUCAAUCUGACACCUGAUGAAUUCUAACAGUUGCUUUGUGGCAUCAGUUUCUCCAUCUCCUUUUAGUUUAAUUUCAUGUUUUUUAAACCGUAUUCUGAAGUUUUUCAACUGCUGAUUUCCUGUGUGAACCAUCGUGAAAGAUUUGUUGCUCUGUUUGAUGGCUGCUCAAGUGUCGGAACAACUCAUCUGCUUUCUGUUUUCAUCGUUUAUCAUUAAAAUGUUUCAAUUUGU